UUUACGUUUACAAUAAUUUCAGCAAACUGAAAGAGAGUUUGCUUGGUAUUUUUAUUAAUUCUCUCUUAUCAGGAAUAGAUUAGUUUGUAUUGAAGCCUUUGUGCCAUUUUUCUACGGUUUUUAUUGAACAUUUUACAUUUUUUUUUUCAAUUUCUAAAUGCACAAUCUGGUUGCUCAAUCUCAACAUUUGCAGUAGAUGUUACAUGAAUCCAAAUGGAUAAAGAUGAUUCGGUCAGAUGAAGAUGACCCGAGCGGUAGCAAAUACCCUAGGAUGGAAGACGAUAACAUUCAAGAAAAAGAAAGGUUUGCUAGUAGGGAGAACCAUUGCGAGAUCGAGAGGCGACGCCGCAACAAGAUGACGGCCUACAUAACCGAACUGUCGGACAUGGUGCCAACUUGCAGCGCGCUGGCUAGAAAACCCGACAAACUGACCAUCCUGCGCAUGGCGGUCGCCCAUAUGAAAGCGCUACGAGGUACCGGCAACACCAGCACCGACGGUACUUACAAACCUUCGUUUUUAACCGACCAGGAAUUGAAACAUUUAAUAUUGGAGGCGGCCGAUGGGUUUUUGUUUGUUAUAAGUUGCGACACUGGAAGGGUGAUUUACGUAUCGGAUUCGGUGGCUCCAGUAUUAAAUUUUACCCAAAGCGAUUGGUAUGGGUCUUGUAUUUAUGAUAAUUUGCAUCCCGAGGAUGUGGAAAAGGUUAGAGAGCAAUUGUCGACUCAAGAACCGCAAAAUACUGGGAGGAUUUUGGAUUUGAAAACUGGCACAGUUAAAAAAGAGGGACAUCAAUCCUCUAUGCGUUUGUGUAUGGGCUCUCGCCGAGGGUUUAUUUGUAGAAUGAAAAUUGGCAAUUUGUCGCCGGAGAAUAUGGGGGUUGGUCACUUAAAUAGGCUCAAACAACGUAACAGUUUAGGGCCUGGAAGAGAUGGACAAAAUUUUGCUGUAGUUCACUGUACAGGGUACAUUAAAAAUUGGCCUCCUGCUGAUAUGUUUGCCGGACAUCAAAUGGACCGCCAAUCAGAAGACACUACACAUUGCUGUUUGGUUGCAAUUGGCCGACUACAAGUGACCUCAACACCGAAUACUAGUGACUUGACUGGUACCAGCAACCUUGCAGAAUUUAUAUCGCGCCAUUCUACUGAUGGGAAGUUUACUUUUGUUGAUCAAAGAGUCAUGGGAUUGUUGGGUUAUUCGCCACCUGAGCUGUUGGGCAAAAGUUGUUUUGAUUUGUUUCAUCACGAAGAUCAAACUCAUAUGAAAGAUAGCUUUGAGCAAGUUUUGAAACUCAAAGGCCAAGUGUUGUCAGUUAUGUACAGAUUCAGAGCAAAAAAUCGUGAAUAUGUUUGGUUGAGGACUAGUGCUUUUUCAUUCCUUAAUCCCUACACAGACGAAGUUGAGUAUAUUGUUUGCACAAACACAACUGCCAAGUCUCUACAUUCCACGACAGAAAGCACAACUGAACCUGCAGAGCAAGUGAACUAUCAACAGCCAGGUUUGGAUUAUAGUUUGCAAAGGCGCGAAACUGGCCUGUACACGCACAUGAUUCCAAACACUCAUUUGCAGCCUGAGUACAAUAUGCCAAUGACGUCUACUUCGAGUUGUAGCGAGCGUCCAGACGAAAGAUAUCCGCGUUUGAUGGCCGAACAAGCAAGACCAAACAGCGGACAAAACGUUUACACUUAUGAACCAACUCAAUCCCCUAUACAGUACAAUUCCCCAUCUCAAACUCCUGCUACUACAACAACAAGAUUAAGCAAGGACAGUUAUCAGUACCCAAGUCCUCGUUCACCAGGCCCUACUUACACUCAACUGAGUGCUGGUAGAGCAGCUUCUGCUCCAGCACCUGCUCCAGCUACUUAUCAAUGGGCCGGUUGGCAAGGUACUGCUCAAACUUCUGAGCCAGGUGCGGUGGUACAACCUACUGGACCACCUACUCAACCUCAACCGCACGAAUUGAGCGAUAUGUUGCAAAUGUUGGACGGUAGCGGACCAGCGCCUUUCGGCGAUUUAGGUACCAUGUUUGACGGUACUUUCGAAUAGAUGUAAUAUACAAAAUAUCAUUAUGUUUAAGAGGGGUUUUGGGUGAUUGAUUGUGUUGUUGGAGGAAUGUUUGAAUUUCAUAUAUAGGAAUUUACGUUUUUGGGUUUUUAAUUUGUGUGUAAGACUUUUUCAAUGACAUUCCUGCUCUAUUAAAGGCUCAAUGAAAAAUAAAACAUUCCGUAACAAAUUCUAUUAAAAACCCCAAAGACGAUUUAUUCUUGUUUUACAAAAAAAUUCUAUUUGUAAUUUUGUCGUGACGUCCAAGAAUUAUUGUAUUUGAAUACGAACUAGCAUAAUUAUGAUUGUCAUAUUGUAGUAGCUGUAAUCUUAAGUAAGUUCUGUGUGUUACUAGUUCUUGAAAGGCUCCGUACUUGUACUUAAUUAACUAAUUAUUUCUAGGACUAGUAACAUAAAAAAUAAGUAUUAUAUUUUUACAUAAAACAGUGGUUUUUCCUUAAAUUUAUUUUGCAACUACGUAUAAAUAGGUGACUCAAAAAAAAGAUAAGGAUUUUUGCUCUUAAGCACGUAUGAAUUUAUUUUAUGGCUUUUUACCAAUAAUCUUUUAAUGAAAUCUCAAGUUCCACUGUGCAAUAUUUUUUGGUUUGCAAUACCUAUACAACUUUUUUGUGAGAGUACAAAAAUAUUAUAAUUUUUUAUACGCCAGUGAAUAUGUAGUAUGUAUAAAAUCGAACUACAAUUAUUAUUAUUAUUAUUAUUUCUGGAUUAAUAAAAAUAAUUUUAAUAUAAUUCUAUAA